AUGAAACUCACAUCCACACUCGGGGCGUGCCUCACAGCGCUUUUCGCUGAUUCCGUCACUGCGAUCUGGAACCCCAUCAUCCCCGGGUGGAACCCUGAUGCGUCCAUCUUGCGGGUCAAAGAUGACUACUACAUCGCAACGUCGAGCUUCGAGUACUAUCCCGGCAUCCCCAUCUACCACAGCAAGGAUCUGGCAACCUGGACCCUCAAGAGCCAUGCCUUUACCCGCCCGGCGCAGCUGCAGCUCCACGGCACCCCGACCUCCGCCGGCGCCUGGGCACCGAGCCUCUCCUACUUCAAGGGCAAGUUCUGGAUCGCCUCGAUGACGCGCUGGACCUACGACCCCGUCGCCCGCGUCUGGCCCCGCGUCUUCUUCGCCUCGUCUGCCGACCUCGUCACCUGGUCCGACCCCGUCUGGGCUGACCCCUGGGGCAUCGACCCGGAGCUCUUCCACGACCCCGUCUCCGGCAAGACGUACCUCAACCUCAUGGCGCCCAACAACAACGCCGACCGCCUGUGGGGCCUCGCCGGCUGCGAGGUCUCCGUGUCGUCCGGCCGCUGCGUCGGCCCCUACGCGAGCCUCUGGAACGGCACGCUGCCGCACGUCGCGAGCGCGCGGCCCGAGGGUCCCAAGACGGUGUACCGGGACGGCUACUACUACCUCAUCGCCGCUGAAGGCGGGACGGAUGAGCUUCACCGCGUGACGGUCGCCCGGAGCACGAGCCCCCAGGGCCCAUUUGAAGCGGGACCGGGCAACCCGCUGCUGUACAACGGGCAGUGGGGGUUCAAGAACCUGACCGUGCAGUCGACAGGCCACGCGACGCUCGUCGAGGCGGCGGACGGCACAUGGUACGCCUCGUUUCUCGCGCGGCGGAACAUCAAUGGCAGUUCACCACUAGGCCGUGAGGGCUUCCUCGUCGAAGCCGAGUGGGUCGACGGAUGGCCUGUCCUCAACGGCGGCCGUCCCGUCCUCCUCAGCGAGCAGGUGGGCGCCGAGGCUGCCGGCGCCCGACCGGUCCCCGAACCGUGGGUCGACGACUUUUCGGGCCCCGAGCUCGACAAGAGCUGGUACCAGCUGCGGACGCCAUAUACGCAGAAUUACAAGGUCUUCAACGGCCGCCUGGCGCUGCGGCCCAACGUCUUUGGGCUCAGCGACCGCGACACCCCGGCCGCCCUCCUGAGGAAGCAGACGUCGCUGAACAUGACCUUCUCGGCCGAGCUGCUGGGCUUCAAGGGGUCGUUGGGCCCCCGGAACAGGAUCGGCAUCUCGUCGUAUCUGUCCGAGUUUCAGCACCAGGACAUUGGCCUCCGGGGCUGUGUCAAUGCGACGGGCCUGUGUCUGUAUGUCGAGCUGCGGAGGAACCUGACGACAGAGUACUGGCAAACGCCGCUCAACGAGUCCAGCGCUGGGCUCUCUUCGGGGCUCACGCUGCAUAUCCGCGCCACGCCGUUGAAGUAUGAGCUGGGCUACAGCCUCAAAGGGCAGAAGAGGCCUACGUACGUCAAGGAGAUUGAGUCCAGGUGGCAGGCUUUUGCGCCGGCGGGCUGGUUCGUCUUUAGCGGCAACUCGUUUGGGCUGUUUGCCACGGGUGAGGGCGAGCCGUGGCCGUACAAUGCUCCGGAUGUCGGGUUCACCAGGGUCACAGAAACAUAUUUUGAGGAGGACAUCCCAGACUAUGAUAGAUGGUAG